GUUCCAUUGGCUUUUCUGGGCUGAGAGUGUGUGACUUGCCCAAGUGGGUGGCAGAGUGGGGAAUCAUGCCACAAUUGGAGUCCAAAAUUCAAACCUCUUCCUCCCUCCUUCUCUCUAAACUUCUCAUACCUUCCAAGAAUUCACAUACUGUAUGAAAGUUUGGUCAAGAUGGUCAGAGGAGGGCAACUAAAAUGAUCUAGGGUCUGGAGAACAAGCCCUAUAAGGAGUGGCUUGAAGAACUGGGCAUGUUUAGCCUGCAGAAAAGAAGACUGAGAGGAGACAUGAUGUAUAAUAUGUGAGGGGAAGUCAUAGAGAGGAGGGAGCAAGCUUGUUUUCUGCUGCCCUGCAGACUAGGACACUGAACAAUGGCUUUAAACUACAGAAAAGGAGAUUUCACCUGAACAUUAGGAAGAACUUCCUCACUGUGAGCUGUUCAGCUGUGGAACUCUCUCCCCGGGCUGUGGUGGAGGUUUCUUCUUUGGAGGCUUUUAAGCAGAGGCUGGAUGGCCAUCUGUUGGGAGGGAUUGGAUGGUGUCUUCCUGCCUGGCAGAAGGGGUUGGGCUGGAUGGCCCACGAGGUCUCUUCCAACUCUACUGUUCAAUGACGCUAUGAUUCUAAGUGAGGACAAAAGGGGGUGGGGAACACCUGGGAAUUGUAGUUUGCAAGUGGGCAUAGUACUAUUGGAGAAACGUUUGCUUCAGCCCAAUGCUUUUAUAAAUGGUCAAUAUUCAGAGGCUUCCUUCUCCUGCAUUUUGAAAGCUAUUAUGAUGAAAUUUGCCAGAAUGGAAGCAAAAAUUAAGUACUCUUAGCCUAUCUAGUUUCAUAAUGUUUGACCCAUCCACUGAUUUUUGGGGAUUUCUGAAGCAACAUUUUUUUAAAAUGUUAGCAGAUCGAUAGCCACGCCUCCCUGUCCUUCUUCCUUCCACUUUGAUUGGCUUGCUAAGGCUUCUGGGAAAUGGAGUUUUUUCUCUCGUUAUGGCGAAUUGCUUCAUUAAUGGUCAAUAUUCAGAGGCUUCGUUCUCCUGCAUUAUGAAAGCUAUUAUGAUGAAAUUUGCCAGAAUGGAAGCAAAAAUUAAGUACUCUUUGCCUAUCAAGUUUCAUAAUGUUUGACCCAUCCACUGAUUUUUGGGGAUUUCUGAAGCAACAUUUUUUUUAAAUGUUAGCAGAUCGAUAGCCACGCCUCCCUGUCCUUCUUCCUUCCACUUUGAUUGGCUUGCUAAGGCUUCUGGGAAAUGGAGUUUUUUCUCUCGUUAUGGCGAAUUGCUUCAUUAAUGGUCAAUAUUCAGAGGCUUCGUUCUCCUGCAUUAUGAAAGCUAUUAUGAUGAAAUUUGCCAGAAUGGAAGCAAAAAUUAAGUACUCUUUGCCUAUCAAGUUUCAUAAUGUUUGACCCAUCCACUGAUUUUUGGGGAUUUUUGAAGCAACAUUUUUUUUAAAAUGCUAGCAGAUCGAUGUCCAUGCCUCUCCCUCCCUCCCUCUUCCGCUCUGAUUGACUGAGAGGCAUGCCAACAUGGCUUCUCCUCUCAGAGGGGCUACAGCUUCAUCCGAAGACAUCAGAAACAAACGAAAAAAGCGAUUUUGACCAGCUUCCAGAUGAUGUAGCUGUUUCGGCAAAUAUUGCAGAUAUUGAAGAGAAAAGGGGCUUCUCUAGUUACUAUGUAUUUGUGAUUGAGGUGAAAACAAAAGGUGGAGGCAGGUACAUGAUCUUCCGCCGCUACCGUCAGUUUUAUAACUUGCAUACCAAGCUAGAGGAAAGAUAUGGUGCUGAAAGUAAAAACAGCCGCUUUACCUGCAUGCUUCCUGUUUUGCCAGGAAAGGUUUAUGUCGGUGCAAAGAGAGAGAUCGCAGACAGCCGAAUCCCUGCACUAAACAUAUACAUGAAGAAAUUGCUUAGUCUGCCUUCUUGGGUGCUGCUAGAUGAAACUGUCCGAUUGUUCUUCUAUCAGUCGGACUUUGACAGUGAGCAGACUCCUCAGGGGCUGCGAAGGCUUCGCCCGCGCACUCGCCGAGUCAAAAGCAUGUGCCCUCAAGAACAAAGCUUUGACCGAAUGGCAGCCCCACGUGCUGAAGCACUAUUUGAUUUUAUGGGGUCCACUAAACUGGAAUUGAGCUUCAAGAAGGGAGACCUGAUCUAUUUACUCAGCAAGAUCAACAAGGACUGGUUUGAGGGAACUGUCAAUGAUGCCACUGGCAUUUUUCCAUGUGCUUUUGUGACUGUCAUUAAAGACCUCCCACAAGAAGAAGACUCUAUCAACUGGCUGCGCUGCUAUUACCAUGAAGACAAUGUCAGCACCAUCAGAGAUAUAUCAGUAGAAGAAGACCUAAGCAGCACUCCAUUUUUCAAAGAUCUAAUGGAAUUAGUAAGGCGAGAAUUCGGGCGCAAUGAUAUUGCUUUGAAUUACCGGGACGCUGAGGGUGAUCUGAUCCGCCUGCUCUCCGAUGAGGAUGUUGUACUUAUGGUGAUGCAGGGCAGAAGCUGGCCUCUUGAGAAGUACAUCUUCCCAUGGAAGCUGCAUGUGACCCAGCAAGAUGAUUACAGUGUUUACAACCUCACAGGAUCUGCCGCCUCAACACCAAGAGCAGUAGAACCAUGAUUAUUUCUCCCUACCAUGAUGCUUCAACAGAAAGUAACAGUCAUAAAACGAUUAGGGAUGAUACAGAACAGAUGUAUUAUACAGGAACAAUCUUUGUUCUUCUCCACACUAUGGAAUUACCUGUAGUCAAUAUGUAGAUGGUGUACUUCAUAUGCUUUUGAGUUCAGCAGAUAAAAUAUGACUACUAAUAUGAGCAAGUAUGGGAAGUAUUUUAUAUACAAAUGUAAAAGAUGACACAGGAAAAUAUUAAGAGCUAUUAUGUGCAAAUAUAUGCAUUGUUUAUAUUUUUCUUGUAUACUCUCUAAUGUGAUUAUACAUGAAAAAAACGAUCAUAUCAAUGAAAAGGGAUGGUUAGGGUUCCUUGAAAACAGACACCGUUCCAGGACAAAUUGUACCAUUUCAUCUAGUUUUUGCUAGAGUAUUUGUAUACUAAAUUGUACAUAUUUGUAUCCAUUGUCUUAUUUUAAUCAUUCACUAUUAUUAUUUUAAUAUAUCAUAUUAUCACAUUAUAGUAUAUAAUGAUUAAAUAAUGACAAUUGACCCUCCAUAUUCAUGGAUUCUACAUUCACAGAUUCAACCAUCUACAGCUUGAUAAUAUUAAAACAUAAUGUUAGAAAGUAAAUUGACUUUGCCAUUUUCUAUAAAAGACUCUAUUUUAGUAUACUAUUGCAUAUAAUGGGACUUUGAUAUAUAUGGGGGAUCCUGGAAUCAAAGUCCAGUGGAUAUGAAGAGCCCAUUGUGUUAGAAGAACACCCCAAAUUUGUCAAGCCCCUUGAGCUUCUAACAAACUAAUUUUUGUAUUAGCAGUAAACAAGUGUACUUUUGAUUUUUUAACCCUGGCUGCUUAAUAAUUUCAUCAGAGGUCAUUUUUAUCAGAAAGAUGAAUCAUACAGUAAAAGGGGAUUUUAUCUGCAUCCAUUUGUAAUAUUGUGUCAAAGACUCAGGGCCGUUCCAGACAGGCCAAAAAUAUGGGACCUGUCUCGCUUUUACCAGAGGUGUCCAAAUGAUGCCUCCGGUAAAAGCAAAUUAAUGUGGAGUAAACCGGGUGUUACCAGUUUAAAGAUUAAAAGGUAAAGGUUUUCCCUUGACAUUAAGUCUAGUCGUGUCCAACUCUGAGGGUUGAUGCUCAUCUCCAUUUCUAAGCUGAAGAGCCGGCAUUGUCCGUAGACACUUCCAAGGUCAUGUGGCCAGUAUGUGCCAUUACCUUGCCACUGGAGCGGUACCUAUUGAUCUACUCACAUUAGCAUGUUUACGAACUGCUAGAUUGGCAGAAGCUGGGUCUGUGGGGACUGACUACCAGGACUGCUUCUGCUUCUUCAGGCUUCAAAAAGCUCAGAGGAGCAAGAUGGCACCCACCUCCUCCCCUCCAGCCCCUCAUUUAGGUCCCAAAACUUGCCAGAGAGGCUUUCCGGCUCUCUCUACAGUCCCCUGACCCUCUUCUCCCCCCCCCCCCAUGCGUCAUUUUCUCAUGCCAGGAGAACUGUAGGGAGAGGCAAGCCUCUCUGGUAAGUUUUGGGGGCCCCAUGGGGGGCUUCAUGCCAUCCAGAUGUGACUUGGGAUGGCAUGUAGCCACUCGCUCAGGGAAAGCCUAUAGUUUGGGUUGGUGAUGAGGACUAGAACCUGAGUGGAAGCGGGUUAUUUUAACCCAUUUCUAUGUGGGUUUUAGCUAUGUCUGGAAGACCCCUCAGGAAGACCUGGUGUACUUCUUUCUAUGUUCAACGGGGCCAUUAUAACUGAAGAUGACAAACACCAUUGCAAUUUAAGUCUCAAUAUAUGUAUUAAUCAUAACAAAUUAUUAAAUUUGAAGCAUACGCACUGUUCCAAAAGUUCCAUGCAGCUAAUGAGGUGACAGUACAGGAAUUUUUGAUCUGUGCUAAUCAUUAGUUGAAAUAUGUGGAUGCAAUUUUAAAGCCCUAAAUUUAAAAACAAAACAAAAUACAGUAGAGUCUCGCUUAUCCAGCCUUCACUUAUCCAACAUUCUGGAUUAUCUGACGCAGUCUGCCUUUUAGUAGUCAGUGUUUUUGUAGUCAAUGUUUUCAAUAAAUUGCAAUGUUAUGGUGCUAAA